AUGGUGGAAUUCAAUGAUUUCCUGGAGUGUUUGGAAAAUAUUGAUGGGUUCCUUGCUGGUGUCAUGAGUAAAAAGUCACUAAGAUCAUCAAAGUUGGAGGACAAAGACAAAGACAAAGAGCAGAAGCGUGAGAUGGAUGGAGCUAAAGAGAAGGAAAGAUACAGGGAGAAGGAGUACAUGGGAAAAUCCAUUCAAGAACUUGACCUCAGUGACUGUAAACGUUGCACUCCCAGCUACCGGCUUCUACCUGCUGAUUAUCCAAUUCCUACAGCUAGUCAGAGAUCUGAGCUUGGUGCUCAAGUAUUGAAUGAUCACUGGGUAUCUGUGAGUUCAGGAAGUGAGGAUUACUCUUCCGAACAUAUGUGCAGGAAUCAGUACGAAGAGAGCUUGUUCAGAUGUGAAGAUGACAGAUUUGAGCUGGACAUGUUAUUAGAGUCUGUGAGUUCUGCAGCUAAACGUGCAGAGGAAUUAUAUAAUAACAUGAAUGAAAAUAAGAUCAAUAUGGAGACUCUGAACCGUAUUGAAGAUUACUUUACUGUUCAAAAUUUAAGGUGCAUUGAACGUCUAUAUGGUGACCAUGGUCUUGACGUUAUAGACAUAUUGCGUAAAAACCCAACUCGUGCGCUCCCUCGUAGGUCUCUUGUUGGCGGCGCGGAGUAUGCGUGUAAGACUCUGAAGAAGGGGGAUGAGACUGUUUACAGGGAGGUGGAGAUAAUGCAGCACUUGUCUGGGCAUCCUGGGGUUGUGACUCUGCUGGCAGUGUAUGAGGAAGCUGAUUGCUCUCAUCUGGUGAUGGAAUUAUGCUCUGGGGGAAGACUUGUCGACCAGAUGUUUAGGGAGGGCCCUUGUUCUGAACAGCGGGCUGCUAAUAUACUUAAGGAAGUGAUGUUGGUCAUCAAGUAUUGUCAUGAUAUGGGAGUUGUGCACAGAGAUAUCAAGCCUGAGAAUAUUCUGCUUACUGCUUCGGGGGAAAUAAAGCUUGCUGAUUUUGGCCUGGCCAUGAGAAUUUCUAAGGGUCAGAACUUGACGGGUUUGGCUGGGAGCCCUGCAUAUGUUGCACCAGAAGUGUUGUUGGGUAGAUACUCAGAAAAGGCGGAUAUAUGGAGUGCUGGAGUGCUCCUGCAUGCUCUGUUGGUUGGUGUUCUUCCAUUUAAAGGGGAUUCACAAGAAGCAGUUUUUGAGGCUAUUAAGAAUUCCAAGCUAGAGUUCCAAACCGGGAUGUGGGAAUCAAUAUCUAAACCUGCACGAGAUCUUGUUGGGAGAAUGCUGACAAGGGAUAUUUCAGCAAGGAUAACAGCUGAUGAAGUACUUAGUAAGUUUAUGGUAGAUUAUUAAUGUUUUGUAGCGUGCUUUAUCUCUCUUCCUCAAUGAUGAAUACACCAAAGACUAGUUGUAUUUGGUCUGAUUUUUUGUUUUUUAAUCUUGAAAUAAUUAAAAUUAGAAAUUUCCAAGUUUUGUUGAAAAGUAUCUUUGCCUUUCACAUGAAUUCUUAAUAAUUAGAAGGAUUGCCUUGUUUUGGUUGGGAUAACAGUGGUGGGAAUCUGUUAAUUCUCACAUACUUUUGUUAGUUUUUAUUAUGUGUUCUUCUAUGUGGUUGAGGCUCUCUUUUUCUCCCUAAUGUUUUUAAACAGGAAAUAAAAUGACAGUACUUUUAAGUUUUAAGAACUGUUCGAUUGUUUGCAUGUUAAAUUAAUAUUAUGUGGUUCAAUUUCAGGACAUCCAUGGAUAUCUUUCUACACAGAACGUACAUUGAAGAUCCUGCCCGUUGAAUCAAAGUUGAAGCACCAAAAUGGAGCUGCUUGCCACAACUUUGUUGCUGCACCUGAACCUAGGUUAGGAAGAAACAGGAUG